AUGGUAGCCGCGAUGCUCUUGUUUUCGUCCUCCCAUAUCUUUUCAACGGUGCUGGUGCUAGCGGGAUACUGGACACCGCUAUGGGCACAACUUGCUUCGCCUGGCUGGCGCAAACCAAACAUCACCACUGCAGUCGCGGACAGGAUUGGUACCGUCAAUGCGGCGGUGCAGAAGACCAUCGAUCACAUUGGGACGGAUGGGCAGUUCUCCGACGCUGACUAUCUCAUUCCUGCCAUCUUCUACUCUCAACUCGCUGGAUUCGAUGUCGCUACAAGUAGCAAUCAGCACCAUGACCUUCUUGCGCGAUACUUUAACCUCGCCCAAACAGCCUCCAGUAAUUUCGCUAACUUGAAUGUCAGCGUGUCUUUCUUUGAUUCGGCCCUUGCUGACGGUCAAGCUCCACUAGCUUCAUUAUACGUUACAACGGCGGUAUCUGACCCUUCGAUUGCUGGCCUGUCGACUGGGCACUUUGCAAUCCUUUCUGCGCUCUUGGCUGCGAGCACCUCUAAACCUGACUACCUCUCUGCUGCACAGCUCUCAAUCACAUUCAUGCAAUCACACUGGCUUAAUCCACAGAACAUCAUCCUUGAUGGAAUUUCUGGCCGUAGCAAUGACUCGUGCUCAUUGAGUACAUCGCCACAACCCUACGAUUCGGGAAUGGCGAUUGAGGUGUUGGCAAUUCUCGUCGAUAUCACCAAGGACUCUGCAUACCAACGCUUGUUGACCUCACUUGUCGAAGCUGCAAUACUCUCUCCGGCAUGGCAAGGCGCGAACGGAAUCAUUUCAAACCAAGCACAUGGUUCCGGUGGUGAUCUCUUUGUUGUUCGUGGGCUCAGCGCUGCGUAUAGUCGCAACGCGACAAGUUCAUCGCUGAAGGAAUACAUUAAAGCAUACCUCGCUGUACAAUACAACGGUGUCCUUGACCUUGCGCGGUCGUCAGGCUCAGACACCUAUGGGCACUGGAUCGGCCCCGCCGCAACGACUUUCAACUCGAUAGACCAGACAUCAGCUCUUGGCGUGCUUGUUGCUGCAAUUGGGCUGCACAACGAAACUGUUCAAACUACGUCAUCGUCAGGCGGAGGCCCUACAUCGUCAGCUCCACCGUCAAGUUCCAAUACAACUCUCGCCUCCGCGGCGCCUCAUCCCAAAUCGCACACUGGAGCCGUGGUGGGGGGCAUUGUCGCGGCGGUUGUCGUGACGUUGAUUUGUGUGGGGCUACUAUUCUGGAUUCGACGUCGGCGGCAGAACUCAAGAAGGGAGUUGACAGGCCCAGCACUGGACAUACCCUCCGUCCGUCCGAGCAUUAACCCGCCGUCGACCACCACGAUUAGUCCCUUCACCUCGCCUGUCUCUCAAAGUUCGUCAAGCGCUCUCACGGCUGCUACUCCUCAUGCACGAUAUGGUCAGCGGGAAAAGCACCACCAGCCCGGACCCAGUACGAGUCGAUCGCUGUCAGAUGGCUCGCGAACAGACUUUGCGUUCAUCGCUGAACAAGCCGAACCAGUUCCGGCUUCUAUAACAGCCUCAGCACUCCCCACCGAUGAGCUUGUUAGGAUACUGCAUUCACGCCUCCAGGGUCAGAACGCGGAAAUCUACGACAAUGAUGCUCCUCCUCCUAGGUACCCAGGGACAGAUGCUGGGACAAGCAUAUGA